AUGAUAAUUCUAAUGAUCAUGGAAUGUCUACAUGCUAUGCAGAACGAGCUGACGAGCAGGUGCCAGAAGUAUGGGAUAAGCCUGAAUGAUUGCCUAAAUUCCGUAUAUAUGCCAAAGAGGGAAUAUGACGAAUAUCUUCAGAGCUUUAAUCUGCCAAUAAUACGCGACUCAAGCUGCACCAAAGGAAGAUGCAUGGCUGUAGUCUACAAGGAUAUGAACCGAUGCAUGAACUGUAGGAAGGAGCAGUGCAGGGACGAGUGUGGAGAACUUGAAUGGAUGAGGGAGGAUCUCGCUAGUAGAGCAGCCGGUGCGUACCAGAGAGAUGCAGAAUCUCAGAUUCCGCUUAUCCAUGUGAUUCACCACAAAGAAGCAGACCGCAGGACUGCAGGGAUGCCCAGAAUAACAGAAGCCCCGUCGGUAUCCUAUAAAAGCAUCACGGUGAUUGAAACAAAGACAGAGACAGUUUCUGAACAGCCGGUGACUUCUUCGAGAAGUGAGGAAAGGCAAGAUACCCGUACAUCCGAGGCUAGUACAAUCCAUGAGACUCAAAGAGAAGAGACAAAAACAGUCUUCAGAACCGUUGAAGUUCCUCAAGUUCUUGAAAGGACUUCCCGCGAGGCUCGGCCUGGAAGAUCAGAAAUACAGAUGAAGCGGGGAGACAACGAUAGUAAGGCUUUGCCAGAGGACAGCGAGAACUCUCGUGCGAUUCCGGUUUCUAUAAAGCGCUCCAAGUUUAAGUACAGCUUGCCUGAGUUGGAGAAGAUGGAUGACGUCUCUGAAGAUGAGAGGGGAGUUGAAGACGAAAAGAAAGAAAAGAGUGAGCCAACAGUUGUGACAGUCACCAGAGUAUUCUACAAGACUAUUAGUGUUGAAAAGCCCAUUACGCUGUACAGAGAAGUGACGACAACAGUUAAGAAUGAGGUUCCCAUCAUCAACUAUAAAUUAACAACUGUCAGGGAGAUUUCCACAGCAACAAAGACAGAGAGUAGCACAAAAACAGAAACUGUUGUACAGACGCAAUAUUCCAUGAUAAUAUCUACAAAGACCCAGUAUAACCAGGAAGCAUCGUCAUCAAGAGAAGUGAGCAUAUCCACGGGACCACGCACCGUUUCUUCUGAGACAUCAAAGAAGGACGACGGAGGCCAUAAGGACAUAAAGAUUUCCGAGGCUCCUGGGAAGGAGGAAAGGGCGACUACAUCUCCUAGUGUAGUAUAUAGAACGGUGACAAAACCGGCCACCUCAAUAUUAACAGUUACAAAGAUACAAGAGAAGACAAUGCAAUUGGAGUUGGGCUCUGGUGAAAUCCACGACUCUGCCUCCCAGAAGAAGGAAAGCACCUCUGCCAAUACCAUAGGGUCCUCUCCUGUGGCAUCCCUGAUAUGUACAGAGAAAUGCUCUACUGCUGGAGUCUUGAGCUCUUCGGGAAAGAAUGAUGUGGCUUCCUCCACAGUGGGUGUUCCAGCACCGGCUACCCAAAGCCUUGUUUCUGCAGGAAGGCAGGACAUAAUAGCCGAGCUUCUCCCGCUAGUCAGGAAAGUACUAAUAGAGGAUGCUGAGGAGACAAAGCCUCCAAAGUCCUCUAAGAAAAGCUCUUCUGCAGAAAUGUCAAACGACGUGACAAGGACGGUAACAAAAACAGUGGUGAGAACCAUCGAGAGAGAAGUAAGAAACAAAGGUGGACAUAAAACCAUCUAUAGCACUGUCUAUUCGUACAAGAAGAAGCCGAGCUGCAGAAAGGGGGUGGAGGGGAAGAAAAAGAGGGUGUGCAAAGAUGCGGAAGAAGAGCUUGUUACCACGGUCUAUGUUUGA